AAAGGAAGCUAUAGCUAACUCCACGAGUGUGAGGAGUCUAGAUAUACCGGCGUCCACGCCGGCGGCCAUUUUGUCAUUACCUUAUUUUUUCUUCUAAUUCUAGUAAACGAUAGUUCGUUUCGUAUUUUCGAGUGAAAUAUUAUUGAAAUUACAGUGAUUUUCUACAGAGUUUUGUGCAUAACGUGUAGUGAAGUUAAAAGGUGAUAUUUGUAGCUAGUUAUUACAAUUUUAUAAUCAUGAGUGUCGAAGUAAACAAAGAGUUAAACGAGUUAACAGUGAAGCGUCGCUCUGUAAAGGGCAGAAUUACGAAGUUUAGCAAGUAUUUAAAUUCUUUACCGGCUGGAGACCUAUCAGUUCAGGAUCGCAGCCAGUUAUGCACGAAGCUCGAGAAGUUUACUGUGAUGUUUGAUAGUUUUGACGACUUACAAUCACGUAUUGAAGUCUAUAACGAGGAUAAUUUGGAUGACGAGUUGCAAGAACGUGAGGAAAUAGAGGACAGUUUUCAUAGCAACAUAGCAUUCGCUAAGGUCAAGUUAGGCACAAUUUCCCUUGCCGAAACGAGUGGACAGGCAGAGCGUGAGAGUGCAACAUACACUCCCAAUGAUUCACAAUGCGCUCAUAGCUGCGGAGGUCAGCAAGACCUUGGUUUCCGUCUUCCAGUCAUUCAAAUCUCAAACUUUGAUGGUACGUAUUUCAAAUGGCUUGAAUUUCGUGACACAUUCGAGUCGUUAAUUCAUAACAAUACGCGGAUUAAGCCGAUCAACAAGUUUCAUUAUUUAUGCUCGUAUCUGCAAGGGGAAGCUGCGCGUGUCAUUUCAAAUCUAGAAGUUUCUGAUAAGAAUUAUAGUGAAGCAUGGGACUUACUUUGCGAGCGAUAUAACAACAAACGCCAAUUGACAACUAAUCACUUAAAUUCCUUGUUUAAAAUUGAUCCUAUCUCACGCGAAUCUGACAAGUCACUCAGGUUUCUAGUGGACCACGUAACUAAAAAUUUACGUGCUUUAAAUAACCUUGGGCAGCCCACAGAUCAGUGGGACACAUUAAUCAUCCAUAUUAUGUCCUCUAAACUAGAUAAUAUUACAAGUUUGAAAUGGGAGGAGCAUAGGUCAAGUUCUAGUAAGGAAAUGCCGUCUCUUGAUGAUUUCUUCAAGUUCCUCAAGGGUCGAGCAGACGUUCUAGAGUCAGUACAAAGAUCUAAACAAGAUAAACAAGUCUCGAGUGGCAACAAUAAUACACAUAACAAGUAUCAAAGGGCUAACAAAUCUGUGAAUGUCAUUUCAGCUAAUCCAGUAAAUUUCGAACAAGUCAAUCGAGGUCUGCAUUGUUUCGUCUGCAAGGGCAAGCAUAGAAUAUACGACUGUCCAGCGUUCCUGUCCAUGAGCAUCGAGGAGCGGAUACAAAAGGCUAGUUCACUGAAGCUCUGUCUGAACUGUCUGCGGAGCGGCCAUAUUGCAGGCGCUUGCAGGUCCAAGUGUGUCCAUCUCGAGGCGGUGAGUGAAUUGUCGAGAGACGCAUUCAUGUUAACACUGCGUAGGUUUAUCGCUCGCAGGGGUAAGCCGAAUGACAUUUUUUGUGAUAAUGGGAGGAAUUUUGUUGCUACUGCUAGGGAGCUAGGUACGUUUUUAUCUAACAAUUCUGACCUCAUUGCGCAUGACGCCAGCACUCAUAACAUAAAUUUUCACUUCUCCCCUGCUUACGCACCUAAUUUUAAUGGACUUGCAGAGGCCGGAAUAAAAUCUGCUAAAUUCCAUUUAAAACGCAUACUAGGCAAUUCUCAUCUAACGUUUGAAGAGAUGUCUACUCUUUUUGCACAAGUCGAGUCAAUCCUUAAUAGCAGACCCCUGUGUCCCUUGUCAUCAUCCCCUAACGACUAUACCCCCCUUACUCCGGGACACUUUCUGAUAGGCAGACCACUAAUGUCACUGCUAUCGCCUUCUCUAGAAGACGAAAAUGCAUCCCGCCUGAACCGCUACCAGCGCAUCGAGCAAGCUAGAGAACAUUUUUGGCGCCGGUGGCAAUCCGAAUAUAUCUCCGAGCUGCAACAAAGGCUUAAAUGGCGUAUUCGUUGCAGAGAUCUGAGACCUGGUGACUUGGUGCUCAUCAAAGAAGACAACACGUCACCACUCCAGUGGCGCUUGGGUCGUGUACAACAACUCUUCCCGGGCGCAGACGGCAUUCCGCGCGUCGCUGACGUGGCUACCGCCAGGGGCAUCGUGCGACGAGCUCUAUCGAAGAUCUGCUUGUUGAAAGCGGACGCUUCCAACGGGGGCGACGAUGUUAGCGCCGUACGCUAGGCAACACUGCUUCCGCCCCUCCCCCCCCGACCAGCGGAUGUUCGCGCCCCGCGCUACAACGUUCUCUCCACCGCGCCACGCCCGACCGCAACGACGCUCUCGAAAUACUACGCGAUUUUAACCUAACAACGACCUUGUAAUUGAUAUAUAUUCAAGCAUUAAACGAUUUCUAUCUAAGUGAAUAAA